AUGAUAAUCGCGAAUUCAUAUUCUGGCAAAUUUCUGUUUACUGAUGCAAAAAUUCCGAAUUCCGAUUCCAGUCCAUCGCUUCAUUCCGCUCCAGCCGUGUUGUAUGUUUGGGCGGGGCAGAACACUUCUGUCAAGAAUGCUGCCGAUUUUGUUGCCGUAGUCGAUUUUGACGAAAAGUCUGGUACAUAUGGACAUAUUCUGAAAACUGUGCCGCUUGUCUCGGACACCUUUGCUGGAAUUAAACAAACAGGAAACGAGCCACAUCACUCUAGCAUUUCUGCUGAUGGUUGCUAUUAUAUCACAGGUGGCCUGCUCAGUUUUCUCACGGGACAUAAAGAGGUGUUUGUCUGGCGCAUUCCUAAAAAUCCCACUGCCGGUCCCAAAUUCUUGUACGCACUCGAUGUACCAGGUGCGUGUACAGACGAAUUUUUACCAAUUGAUGAUGCUAAUUUCAUCGUGAGCAUGAUGUGCAAUGACCGUGCAAUCAGUCCUGGCGAUAUAGCAUUCAUCAACGCGAGAACCCGCUUCACAAAAUCGUUCCUGAAGAAUGCUUCAAGAUUGCAUGGUUUUAAUCCGCAUGGGUAUGGUCGUCUUAACAAUGGUUCCCUCUUUGUAGGGGAUUAUACAGAACCGCUCUCAUUGGUAGGUACCGAUCCUUCGCGGAUUGUGUUUCGAAAUACCGUUCGACAUUUUCUACCAGAUGGAAGAUUAGAGCGUAUUUUCCACGUGCCGUUCCCCACCGAUCCGGAAUCGUCAAGCGGAAUCGGACAUGGAAUCGGAUUCAUGGAAGUAAAAACCAUUCCGCAUGAUCCCUUGGGACGUUCCUAUACAUGUGGAACCAGUGUGAACAAGAUGUAUCUAAUUGGGCCAGGCAUGGCUAAACCUUUGUUUGUUUUGGAUCUCUCUCAAGUCAACGGGUUCCGGAGACGCGCCAGUGCGGGAAUCGCAUCGAUGUUUCCUGAUGGAAAGCGUAUGUUGGCGACAUUCCAAAUGCGAUUUAUUCUCUUGCUCAAUAUUACACAACCAGAACAUCCGCAAAUCAUUCGGGUAUUUGAUUUUUGCUCUGAUAAGGCACUUGAUCACGUGCCGAUUCGGGUUCCCGAUUCACAUAAAACUACCACAUUUGCCCGCUUUUGUGCCCAAAACAACAAUCUUACUGGUACGCACGUCCUUAUUCAUCCGAAAGGAGAAAACCGAUUCAUCGUUAUCAAUUAUUUUCUCAAGUUUGGUAUGGCAUAA